AUGUCUUCCCCGAGAGAAGGUUAUACACCUCACAAUUUUUCUCCUAUUCUCAGACCAGCAUUGAAGCGGGAUUCAUCUAAACUCACGUCUCCAUCCGUGGAUGUCAACUCCCCCGACUACCUCAAUGUCUCUACAUCUCAACCCUUAUCCCCUUCGCCUUCUGAUGACUCCAAAUUGCCUGCCUCAGAUACCUCUCCACCUCACACCACCGGGGUGGGGAUGCUUCAUCCCAUGAGUUCCUCAUCGUUCAACCCACCAGGAUACACGAAUAAAGUAUCCUUUGACACCUUCGAGAACAACACUCCCGGCGAUGCAACUAUGUUCAGUUACACCCUCCAGGCUGCAUCGGAAGGAUAUCACAAAUCGAGAAAUACGCGCGUGUUUCUUUGCGCCGCCAGUGCAGACAGCUCUGGAAUGCAAGCGCUCGAUUGGGCCAUGGAUUCAUUGGUUCAAGAUGGAGAUGAGCUUAUUGUUGUAAGAGGGUUUGACCCUGAAGAUUUACAGAAACAGUCGCAUGAGGACCUGAGAGAUGAGGCAAAGGAACUCAUGAGACUGGUUCUAGAAAAAAACACUGCGUAUGAGGGCAGAAGUCUUUCAGUAAUCGUGGAGUUCAUUGCAGGGAAGAUUACUGAGACCAUCGAGCGUCUCAUCGCUCUCUAUCGGCCCGAUUCAUUAGUUGUUGGCACAAGAGGGCCACGGAGCACCCUCAAAGUAUGGGGCGCAGCCCUUGGUGCACCAGGAAUGGGAAGUGUAUCCCGAUAUUGUGUGAGCCGUUCGCCGUACCAACCCGAGAGAAAAACUCGGAAGUUCAUGGAGAAGCGAAGAGCUGAUCCAAAGCGAAAUGGGGAGUUUCCCGAGUAA